GCUGACAACGAUGCCCCAAAAUACAUCAUUUCACGUUACUGAUAACCUUCAUGUCAUUUAAAAACACAAAAAUAGCUGAAAAUAGCCCGCGUGAAAGUGCAGCGACGAAACAUGGCCAACACUCUCAAAUAUUUCCAAAAACUCCCACAAAGUCUCAGAACCCUCACCACCUCCGCCCCCAAGAACGAUGCCUGGCUGUCGAAAAUCUUCGUGCGUAAAAUCGAGCCGACCAAAGAAUCGCACAGCCGGAUGCUCAGCGACAAAGAAAUCAUCUACGCCCUACAGACACACAACUUCAGGCCGGACUCCAAAGUCCCCUACUUGAGCACGAUCUCCCAGACGCUCGACUUCAUCAAGGCGCAGAACUCGCUGGCGGGCGAGGUGGAGCUGGUGGGCUCGUGGACCGUGAACGUGGGGGACCAGGACCAAGCGCUACACUUGUGGAAGUUCACGGGCGGGUACGAGAAAAUCGACACGUUUAACGAGAUCACCAGCCAGAGCGAGGACUUUAAAAAAAUCGUCGAGUGCCAAGGCAAGCUGGUGAGGUCCAGGCACUUGCAGUACCUUCUGGCGUUCAGCUACUGGCCGCAGAUACAGCUGAGGAAGCCGAACAACGUGUACGAGAUUCGGUCGUACGCCCUGAAGCCGGGGACGAUGAUCGAGUGGGGGAACAAUUGGGCGAGGGCUAUCAAUUUCAGGCAGAAUAAUGACGAGGCGUUCGCCGGGUUCUUCUCGCAGAUCGGGAGGCUGUACAACGUGCACCAUAUUUGGUGUUAUGAAGACUUGAACAAGAGGAAGGAGACCAGAGAGAGCGCGUGGAGGUCGCCCGGGUGGGACGAGUGCGUGGCGUACACGGUGCCAUUGAUCAGGGAAAUGCACUGCAGGAUCAUGGUGCCGACUGACUUUUCUCCGACCCAAUAGAUUAAAAAAAAUAUUUUUAGUUGAUUUAUACGUUGUGUAAUUGAGAAAAUAUAAAGUCUGCGCAAAACA